AUGGCUACUACUACAUCUUUUGCCAUCAAUUUUUUCAUCCUAUCAAUAAUAUCUCUUAUCUCACUUCCAUGCUUAUCAGCAUCCUCACACUCUCCCUUUCUCCUUCCAAUCAAGAAAGAUUAUUCAACCAACCUCUUCUACACCACACUUGCCAUAGGAACACCAUCAAAGAGCUUCAAUCUAGCCAUUGAUCUUGCAGGAGAGAAUCUUUGGUAUGACUGUGACAAAAACUACAAUUCAUCAUCCUACAGCCCUAUCACCUGUGACUCAAAAUCAUGCCCCAAAGACGCAAAUGGCUGCGUUGGCUGCAAUGGUGCAUUCAAGCCAGGAUGCACAAACAACACUUGUGGUGCCACAACAAUCAACCAACUAGCAAAGUUCAUCUUUGGUGGUGGUUAUGGUGAAGAUAUAAUAGUCAUUUCUCAAAUGAAAGUUCAUGGCUUGAUUUCGGCCUGCAUUGAAGCCGAAGGAUUCACUUCCGGUUCCCCUCUAGAAGGUUUACCUAAGAGCACUAAAGGGAUCUUAGGCCUUUCAAGAUCACAACUUGCAUUACCAAAUCAACUUGCAUUGGAAAACAAGGUUCAACCAAAAUUUUCUAUCUGCUUACCUUCUUCAAACAAGUUAGGAUACACCAAUUUAAUGGUUGAAUCCAUUGAUGGGUCAGUGUCCAAAUUUGUCCAAACCACACCAUUGAUCAUCAACCCUGUUUCAACCGGUGCUGUUUCUGUCAAGGGCGUACCCUCUAAGGAAUACUUCAUUGAUGUCAAAUCAGUUAAGAUUGAUGGCAAUGUUUUGAACAUCAAGCCUUCACUCUUGUCCAUUGACAACAAGGGAAAUGGUGGCACCAAAAUCAGCACAAUGAGUCCUUUUACUGAGCUACAAAGCUCUGUGUAUAAGCCUUUCAUUCGAGAUUUCGUUAAGAAGGCUUUGGAUAGAAAAAUGAAGAGAGUUGCUUCAGUUGCACCAUUUGAGGCAUGCUUUGAUUCUAGAACUAUUAAGAAAUCUGUCACUGGAUUUGUUGUUCCUGCCAUUGAUCUUGUGCUACAAGGAGGAGUGCAAUGGAGAAUUCAUGGUGCAAAUUCAAUGGUAAUGGCAAAGGAGAAUGUGGCAUGUCUUGCAUUUGUUGAUGGAGGGACAGAACCAAAAAUGUCAUUUGUGAAAGCAUCAAUUGUCGUUGGAGGGUAUCAGUUGGUUGAUAAUCUUUUGGUCUUUGAUUUGGAUUCAUCAAAAUUAAGCUUCAGCUCCUCGCUUUUGCUCCAUAAUGCAAGUUGUUCCCACUAAUGAAUAAUGUUACAGUAUAGGA